GGCCUUUGCAUAAAUUAUGUUCAUGACGCAGCAGCUAAAAAACCCAGAGCGCCGAAAUCUGCCCCCUCGUUCUCCCCCCAGGCGGGGCAGGGGCUCGGGCGGCUGCGGCGGGGGGGCAGGCCCGGUGCAAAAUAUCGGGGGCUGUGCUUGCAGGAGGGCUUGAGCCCGGCUGGGCCCUGGGGGUGGGGGGCGCUGCCUCCCCCCUCCUCUUUUUGUGCGUGUGCGAGCAGCACCCUUCGCUCCCGCUGCUGUGAGAUGAAUUUUUAAUUAUUCUCCGGGAAAAAAAGAAAGAGAGAGCGAGAGAGAGAAAAGAAGACGAGGAGGGGAAAAGAUCGGCUCGGAGGAGCCCCGGCCCGGGCAGGGGGCGAGCGGGUCCCUCCCGGCUGCGCAGCGUAUGUGACCCGCCGAAGGCUGCCAGCAUCUUUUCCAGCGUUCAGUCAUGGACACCAACACCGUGCCCCCACAUGAAGCCUCGUUGACAGUUAAUGAGCAGGUGAUUGUGAUGUCGGGUCAUGAGACCAUUCGGGUGCUGGAGGUGGGGGUGGAUACUCCAAUACCUGUGGAGAACAAAGGAAAAACUCUGAAAACUGCAGCAGCAACCAGAGAAGAGGCUCCGGUGAGCUGCCUUCCGGAGCCCAGUGAAAUGGGAAGCGAAGGGAUAGAGCAAAACCCAGCAAAGGCAUCGGGAGAGUCAGGUGGUGAAGUAAAGGCAUUACCUGAAAUAACCCCUGCACCUGUCCCAGGAAUCGUCCCCUUCAGCCAAGUCACAAGCCAGCAAACACAAACUCUAACGCCCGUCACACUGCAAGCUGCACCGCAGGUCUUGACUCAGGAAAACUUAGCAACAGUUGUGACAGGCGUUAUGGUUCCAGCAGGGGCAGUUACUCAACCUCUUCUUAUCCCCAUCAGUAUUGCAGGUCAAGUGGCAAGUCAGCAGGGGCUGGCUGUGUGGACAUUUCCUGCAGCAACGGUGGCUGCCCUCCCAGGACUGACGGCUGCCUCUACUACUGGGGGAAUUUUCAAAUCACCUAUAGCCAAUUUGCAAGCUGCCGCGGUGCUGAACACGGCAAUACAAGCCCCUUUGCAGCCAGCCCAGCCUCUCCAGGCGCAGCAAACAGUCCAGCCGCGGCCAACAGCCCAAACACAGACUCUGUUCCAGCCUCAGGCUCAGCCAGCCAUUUUGCCGCAGCCUGCCGCAGCAUCCACGCCGCCUGUCGCCAAGCCCUUGGAAACGCCAACCCAGAUAACAGUUCAGCCAGCAGGAUUUGCCUUUAACCCUGGAAUAAUCAGUGCGGCUUCUCUGGGAGCCCAAACUCAGCUCCUCAGCUCCCUGGCUGCUACACCAGUAAUUGCAAACACCAUUCCUAGUGUGCAAGGGAUAACUGGACAGAUCCUGACCAAUGCUCAGGGACAGGUCAUUGGGACUCUUCCAUGGGUGGUGAACCCAGCUGGAAUUGCCACAGCCAACGCGGCCCCUGCCACAUUGCCGGCACAGAACCUACAGCUGCAGGCAGUGACGCCGCAGCUGCUUUUGAAUGCCCAAGGCCAGGUGAUUGCCACCUUGGCUAGCAGCACCAUCCAGACAGCGCCAGCAACAGCAGCAGCAGCUGUUAGAAAACCCAGCACACCAGAAACUCCAGCAAAGAGUGAGGUCCAGCCAAUUCAACCCGCCCCAACUCUGCCACAGCCAGCCGUAGUCAUUGCAAGCCCUUCCCCUGCACCCAAGCUAGCUUCUGCUCCUGUCCCCAUCACCUGCUCAGAGACUCCAACUGUCAGCCAGCUGGUUUCCAAGCCUCAGCCUCCAAACAACGGAAGCGACGAAGAUGGGAUCAAUCUGGAGGAGAUUAGAGAGUUUGCCAAGAACUUCAAGAUCCGACGCCUAUCUCUGGGUCUAACGCAGACGCAGGUGGGGCAGGCGUUGACUGCUACUGAAGGACCCGCGUACAGCCAGUCGGCUAUAUGCAGGUUCGAAAAGUUGGACAUCACUCCCAAGAGCGCCCAGAAGCUGAAGCCCGUGCUGGAGAAGUGGCUGAGCGAGGCCGAGCUGCGGAACCAGGAGGGCCAGCAGAACCUGAUGGAGUUUGUGGGCGGCGAGCCGUCCAAGAAGCGCAAGCGCCGCACGUCUUUCACGCCGCAGGCCAUCGAGGCCCUCAACGCCUACUUUGAGAAGAACGCCCUGCCCACGGGCCAGGAGAUCACGGAGAUCGCCAAGGAGCUCAACUACGACCGGGAGGUGGUCCGGGUCUGGUUCUGCAACCGGAGACAGACUCUCAAAAACACCAGCAAACUCAACGUCUUCCAGAUCCCUUGAAGGCCGGGGCUUGGCAUCAAGCCUCUUGCGUACCCUGUACGUUGCUGCUGUGAGCACUUUGUGGUGAAUAUUUCCCUGCACCUGCUGACCCUUUUGACAGUAAAGACUGGAGUGGAAGGAGUGAGAUACGGGGUUUCCUCUGGUCUCAAUGUGUCCCGGCCCUUUCCCCACCCCUCACAUGACCCAAAUCGUGUAAAUGUCAGCCGUGUCCUUCCUUCCUUCCUGAGUGUUGUACUGGAGCUGUGAAGGGUUUUAGGAAUACAUACGCAUUUAGCUUCUUUGUGUGUCAGACAAAACAUUAUCCGGGUUUUCGUUUUCUGAAGGACUUUCCUGUGGUUUGUUCGUUUGUUUUUUUAAAAAAAGAUAGCAUUAGGGAUGGCAGCAGAAUAGCACCCACCAGAAAUUCCUGUUUCAUUUCAAGGAGAAUGUGUGAAAACCCUAUUUCACUUCAACCUAUUUUCAUGGACACUUUUAUCUCUUCAUAUCUGGCAACAGGCCCAGUUUAACAACAUCUAAGCAGAAUAGUGGCAUAAUUUAUAUCUCCUUUUUCUUGUGAAUAUUAUACAGAGCACUAUUAAACUAAAAGACUUUUUAUUCACUGAAGAAAAAUAUUAUUAUUAUUAUUAUUAUUAUUAUUAUUAUUAUUAUUAUUAUUAUUUGUCCUCUUUAAGUCCCCUGAGUCUGCUGCUGUUGUUGCUAACGUUGUUUGUAAAAGCAACAGUUUUGGUGUUUGCAGACGUGAUUUGCUGAACGGGUUCAUAUCAGCCCCUCCAAAGUCAUGCUGGGAAGGGAGAGGGAGGCAGAGGCCAGGCACCUUUCUCCUGCUCUUGUGUUCUGUGGGAACCACACUUCAGCACUGGGGUGGUGACAGAUGCCAGUAGCAUCAAACCACAGGAGCCUUUUGGAAUCGCAAGGAGACUCUAGGCGAGGAAAUCGCAAGGAGACUCUAGGCGAUCUGGGCAAAGGGACUGGCUGAGGCUGCCUAGCACCGCAAGCCCGGCAGCAGAGAGGACGCAUAAAAACCAAGGGAUGUGCAUGAGGGCUUGUUUGGCAUACACAGUGUGCUGCAAAGUAUGGUGUCAAAUGCCAUCUUCCACACAGAAGUGAUCGUGGCUGUUGGAGUAAGGCUGAAUCUCUUAAUUGGAAUGUGGCUCAUACACAGAAGAUAAUAACCAAAACUUUGAAGCAAAGUUAAUCUUCACAUGUUGGAUCACUAAUCCCUUUUUUUCUUCCCACCUCCCCCUGAAGCAGGAUUUUUCGAGAUGGUCCUCCUCUGCUCACCUUCCGCUUUUAAAAGUAGAGGGUGACUUCAAUUGCACAGUAUAAGAAGGGGCUUGGUGGGCUGGCUGCACGGGUUUCUCUCCCUCUCUUAGAUGAAAGCCUGAAUCGGCAAAGGAGACCACUGAGGGCCAUAUCCCAGGACGAGGCCCUGCUCAUAGCCAGCCGGCUGCAUGUUGUGGUGCUGCCAAUGGCGACAUUUGUGUUUUGACCAUUUGACAACGCGUGUGGCAUUCAGUCUGCAUGUGGCAGCUGCGCAUGGUUGCCAGGGAAUUGAUAUAUGCAGGCAUGUCAUCAAUCAAGAUUUGACCCUCAGUGACACAGACGCUGGGGUUAGAGAAUGUGCUUUCAAGCAUGCCUCGGUCAUUCUUCAUCCCAUCUCAAACGGAAGCAAGGCAUUAUUCAGUUGUGUCUCCUGGAACUGAACCUGUAACCUGCAGAGUGGGCAAACUGGGAAGAUGAAUGAGUCGGAGCAUGAGAAGGUGGAUUCAUUCAGGAAGGGUGCCCACUGUGUGUGCAACCUUCCCCAAGAGCUGGCCCUGCCUCUGAACACCUGGAGCUGCAGGCAUGAAGAGCUGUCACAAAUAUCCCAUGCUAGGAAGCUUCCCAGAGGCUUGAAUGCUGACAUUUUGGCCUGAUCUUAUGCUGUAUGUUCUGCUUUUCCAUUGCCAGGACUCUAUUCAGCCCAGUACACGCAGGGGCUGCUUGUGGCGAAUAGCUGUGCUUUACAUGUGUCGAGGUUGGUAGCGUGUGAGAGCCUGUCUUUUCAAAGCACAGUUGUGUCCUUGUAACGGAAGAAGAGCUGAAGAACACAAGUGCCACAUUCAUAGCACACUCUUGAAGCUGUGUGUUUUGGAAGCUUCCUCUGAAUCUCAGUAUUUAAUGCAUUUGGUCUUCAUAACACACUAUUUCUCUCACCCCCCCAAAAAAGUCUUUUCUUCCCUGUGGGAAGUGGAGACAAGGCAGCUACAAUCAGUAGGUGGCAGCAUCAAGCAAUAAAAGAUAACAAGCUGACAAGAUCUACACCAGGGGUCAGCAAACUUUUCCAGCAGGGGGCCGGUCCACUGUGCCUCAGGCCUUGUGGGGGGCCGGGCUAUAUUUUGG